CAAGGACCCGGAUUUAAAGAGACAGGCGCUACGACCGUCGCGGCGGUGCGCUGCUUGUGGGCGCCCGCUGCGAGGCCUGCGGUGUGCGCCGGAGUUGGGAAGGCAGCUGUAUGACUUUGACUUUCAAGAUCCUCUUCCCACCAACCCUCCGUGCACUCAGGCGAAAAGAACUGUGCCUAUUCCGACAGCAACAUCACUGGCCUGACAGAAGACAGUUCAGCCAUUGGUCAGAAACAGAUUUGCUUCAUGGGCACUGCCUCCUCCAGAGAAGAAAGCCUGCUCUGUCAUUCCAGGAAGGCCAUCUAAGACCACGUGCCACCUGCCUUGUUUUGCCAGGGGCGCAUGUGGGACUCUGCAGUGGCCCCUGUGAGAUGGCCGAGCAACGAUUCUGUGUGGACUAUGCCAAGCGCGGCACGGCGGGCUGCAAAAAGUGCAAGGAAAAGAUUGUGAAGGGGGUGUGCCGGAUUGGCAAAGUGGUGCCCAACCCCUUUUCAGAGUCCGGGGGUGAUAUGAAAGAGUGGUAUCACAUUAAAUGCAUGUUUGAGAAACUGGAGCGGGCCCGGGCUACCACAAAAAAAAUCGAGGACCUCACAGAGCUGGAAGGCUGGGAAGAGCUGGAAGACAAUGAGAAGGAACAGAUAAGCCAGCACAUUGCAGAUCUGUCUUCUAAGGCAACAGGCACACCAAAGAAGAAAGCCGUCGUGCAGGCUAAGCUGACAGCCACUGGCCAGGUGACCUCUCCAGUGAAAGGUGCCUCACUUGUCACCAAUAGCAAUCCCCGGAAAUUUUCUGGUUUUUCAGCCAAGCCCAACAACUCUGGGGGAGCCCGCCCAAGCCCUCCCCCUAAGGCAAGUCUGUCCUCAAGCAGAUGUGACCCCAAGCACAAGGAUUGUCUGUUUCGCGAGUUUCGGAAGUUGUGUGCCAUGGUGGCUGAGAAUCCUAGCUACAACACGAAGACCCAGAUCAUCCAGGACUUUCUUCGGAGAGGUUCAGCAGGAGAUAGUUUCCAUGGCGACGUGUACCUGACAGUGAAGUUGCUGCUGCCGGGUGUUAUUAAGAGUGUUUACAACUUGAAUGAUAAGCAGAUCGUGAAGCUUUUCGGCCGCAUUUUCAACUGCAACCCAGAUGAUAUGGCACGAGACCUAGAGCAGGGCGACGUGUCAGAGACAAUCAGAGUCUUCUUUGAGCAGAGCAAGUCUUUCCCCCCAGCUGCCAAGAGCCUCCUUACUAUCCAGGAGGUGGAUGAAUUCCUCCUUCGGCUCUCCAAGCUCACCAAGGAGGAUGAGCAGCAACAGGCCCUGCAGGACAUCGCCUCCAGGUGUACAGCCAAUGACCUCAAGUGUAUCAUCAGGUUGAUCAAACAUGAUCUGAAGAUGAACUCGGGUGCAAAGCACGUGUUAGAUGCCCUUGACCCCAAUGCCUAUGAAGCCUUCAAAGCCUCGCGCAACCUGCAGGACGUGGUGGAGCGGGUCCUCCGCAAUGAGCAGGAGGUGGAGAAGGAGCCAGGCCGGAGACGAGCUCUGAGCGUCCAGGCUUCCCUGAUGACGCCAGUGCAGCCCAUGCUGGCCGAGGCCUGCAAGUCCAUCGAGCACGCGAUGAAGAAGUGUCCUAACGGCAUGUUCUCUGAGAUCAAGUACGAUGGGGAGCGAGUGCAGGUGCAUAAGAAGGGGGACCACUUCAACUACUUCAGCCGCAGCCUCAAGCCUGUCCUGCCUCACAAGGUGGCUCACUUCAAGGACUACAUCCCCCAGGCUUUCCCCGGGGGCCACAGCAUGAUCUUGGACUCUGAGGUGCUCCUGAUUGACACGAAGACAGGCAAACCACUGCCCUUUGGGACUCUGGGAGUGCACAAGAAAGCUGCCUUCCAGGAUGCUAAUGUUUGCCUAUUUGUUUUUGAUUGUAUCUACUUCAACGAUGUCAGCUUGAUGGACAGGCCUCUGUGUGAGCGGCGGAAGUUUCUUCAUGAUAACAUGGUUGAAAUUCCCAACCGGAUCAUGUUCUCAGAAAUGAAGCAAGUCACUAAAGCUGCGGACUUGGCCGACAUGAUAAACCGGGUCAUCCGAGAGGGGCUGGAAGGGCUGGUACUGAAGGACGUGAAGGGUACAUAUGAGCCUGGAAAGCGGCACUGGCUGAAGGUGAAGAAAGACUAUUUGAACGAGGGGGCCAUGGCGGACACAGCUGACCUGGUGGUCCUUGGGGCCUUCUAUGGGCAAGGGAGCAAAGGUGGCAUGAUGUCCAUCUUCCUCAUGGGCUGCUAUGACCCAAGCAGCCAGAAGUGGUGCACAGUCACCAAGUGUUCAGGAGGCCACGAUGACGCGACCCUCUCCCGCCUGCAGAAGGAACUGGACAUGGUGAAGAUCAGCAAGGAUCCCAGCAAGAUACCCGGCUGGCUGAAAAUCAACAAGAUCUACUAUCCUGACUUCAUAGUCCCAGACCCAAAGAAAGCUGCCGUGUGGGAGAUCACGGGGGCUGAGUUCUCCAAGUCUGAGGCGCACACGGCCGACGGGAUCUCCAUCCGGUUCCCACGUUGCACCCGCAUCCGUGAUGAUAAAGACUGGAAAUCUGCCACUAACCUCCCCCAACUCAAGGAACUGUACCAGCUGUCCAAGGAGAGGGCCGACUUCACCAUGGCGGCCCAAGAGGAGGGGAGCUCCACCACAGGGGGCAGCAACGGAGAGAACGGGGGUGCCUCGGGGCCUGCGGGGACUCGCAAGGCCUCCAGGGCCUCCCCGAAGCAGCCCUCCCCCGGCACCAGCAAGGCAGGAGGGAGGCUGAGUAGCCCCAGCAGCAGAGGCGGCCAGCAGCUGACUGUGAAGGGGGGCCGGAAGCGGAAGGCCCCCGAGGAGGCCCCCGAGGAGACCCCGUGCCCAGCCAAGGUGCUGCUGGACAUUUUCACGGGGGUGCGGCUCUACCUGCCACCCUCCACGCCAGACUUCAGCCGCCUCAGACGCUACUUUGUGGCAUUCGAUGGGGACCUGGUGCAGGAGUUUGACAUGGCCUCAGCCACACACGUGCUGGGUAGCGGGGACAAGAACCCUGAGGCCCAGCAGGUCUCCCCGGAGUGGAUUUGGGCGUGUAUCCGGAAACGAAGGCUGCUGGCCCCCUGCUAG